AUGAAAAGAUUAUCAAUUGCAUUAUUAAAGUGUGAUAAAUUUGUACCGGAAUUACAAAGUAAAUUCGGAGAUAUCGAUGUUCAAUUUACAAAUUUAUUAAAAAAGAACAAGUUGGCAACAGUUGAUUUGUCAGUAUACGAAGUCACUGACUCAAAGUUUCCAAAGUGGGAUGAUGUUGUCACAAAUAAAUAUAAUGGAUUCAUUAUAUCAGGAAGUAGACACUCUGUCAAUGAUAACGUUGAAUGGACAAACGCUCUAAAAGACUAUGUUAGAAUGUUAGAUACCAACAAUAUAAAAACUGUUGGUGUUUGUUUUGGUCAUCAAAUGAUUGCAAGUGCUUUGGGUGGAACUGUUUCAGGUAAUCCUAAAGGUUGGCAAGUCUCCGAUAGAGAUUAUCUCAUCAAUCCGACUAUAUUGACAGGAUAUGGAUUGCUACCAGGUGCAAAGGAGACAGAGUUGGUUGUAGAUAUCAUGUGUAUGAACAAAGAGAUGGUCACUCAGAAACCAAAGGAUCUCAUUUGCUAUGGUGGCAAUGAGAUUUGUGCAAAUCAGGGAAUGAUCAAUUCGAAUUUCCUUACAUUCCAGGGUCAUCCUGAGUAUACACCGGAAUUAAUUAAAGAGGUAUUGAAUCUUAGAAAAGGUAUUAUACCUGACGACGUCAUUGCAGAGGGUAUCAAGAGAGCCAAUGAAUCUCAAAUCGAUUAUGAAUGGUAUUCUAAUCUUAUUAUCAAUGGCUGGUGCCGUGAUACUGAGAAUAAUUUACGUUUGAAGAGCAUUGCUGAUAGUUUGAUGCCAAGUGUUGAAUAUUUCAAUGAUUCAUUCGCAAGCAACUUUGAUUAUCUAUUUUUUUAUGGAUGUUCAUUAGAGAUGAAUCUUCAAAAAUAUAUUAUAACAACACAAAAACCAUAUAGUAAGAUAUUUUGGCCAAUAAGAUGUAAUGACAAGAAAUCUGGUUAUUUGAUUGGUUGGAAUACUAGAAGUUUCGUUGCAUGCGUCAUCGAUAUCAUAUCCGAUAUAUCGUUACAAGAUUUAGAGAUAAUAUUGAAAGAGUUAAACAAUGAUAAGAGAAUGGCAUCGUGUCCUGUUGGACAACCUAGAGUGUUAGGUGAAUGGUGUAAUAACAGUUUGACAACAACCUCAACGACAACGACAACAACAACAACAACCGAUAGCAAUAGCAGUAGUAGUCUUGGUGGUGGACCAAACAAUCUACAUGAUGUCGACUUUUGGAUAUCGAUGGAGAGAUCGGUUGGCUCUGGACAUCCUUGUUUGAAGAAGAUCUAUUGCAAUGAAUACAAGUUUCAAACAUCGUCACAGAUUGUACUCUACGAUGACACAUCGCCUUAUUACUAUACAUCUACACCUAUUUCAUUAGUACCUACUAUUGCAGGUGAUAGCAAUAGCAAUACAAUCAAUAAACAUAGUACAUCAACAUCAUCAAAGACAACGAGUAACUCUGUAUUCUCACCAGUUGCAACAUCGACACCAACAACAACCAACAGUUCAACAUCGUCACCAUCAUCUCUAUCUUCAACGAGUACAACUAGCACCAAACUUAAACCAAAUACAUCUGAUUUAGAAUCUACUUUUAAACAAAUUAACUGUUCGAAUGAUAUAAAGACAAUAUUGAAUGAGACAAUUGAAAAGUAUUAUAGAUCUACAAACAACAAUAGGAAUCCAUUACCAUCAUUACUAUCGAUAGACAGUAAACCAAAUUCGAGAUCUCUCUUUUCAAAUUCAUUCAUUACAUUGAGAAAAAGAAAGAAUUCUCUUAAACAAUCAAAUGAUAAUAAUAGUAGUAGUAAAGAUAAUGAUAGUAGUAUAGAUAAUAAUAAUAAUAAUAAUAAUAAUAUAGAUGAUAAUAGCAAUAAUAAUAAUAAUAAUAGUAGUAAUAUAAAACAAGAUAAAGAUAAUAAUAAUAAUAAUAAUAAUAAUAGUAUAAAAGAGAAAUCAAAAAGAGUUAUUUGUGCACCUCUAUAUCUAUUAAUAAUAAUAUUAAGAUUGUUUGAAAAGAUAUUAUUAAGUGUAUUGAAUAUGGAUGCACCAUUCUUAAAGAAUAAGAAGUUAAAGGAUCUAACAACACUUGGUAGUACACUGGAUAGUAGAAUCGAUGAGAUUAAACUACUCAUCAAUCAACAUCAUCAUGUAGAAGAGAAGAAAUAUUGGUUAAAUAAUAAUCAAGAUCGUGCUUUAUUAAUAGAGUAUGAUCUUAUUAUUAAUUUAAAUCGUAAUAAUAUAGUGAUUACUACAACUAUUGCACCACAUGGUGUUAUACUCUUAAAGAUUGUUUGUAUGAGUGGUGUAUUUGGUGUGUCAGUGUUGAUCAGUAUCAUCAUCGAUCUAUUCUCUAUAUUCACUCUACAUAUCUCGGUAUUCUACAGUGUCUCUGCAAGAUUCUAUCUCUUACAACUGAUGCUUUUGAAAUCUCUAUGGAAUCUAUUUAGAGGUGUAAAAUAUAAUCCACUUAGAAAGAGAACGGAUAGUUGUGAUUUCGAUCAAUAUCAACUGUUGCUAGGUACAUUGUUGUUUACGUUGAUCUUCUUCUUGUUCCCAACGACUGCAGUCUACUAUUUCUUUUUCGCUACGUUCAAAUCUAGUCUGACUGUUGUAAUGGCGUUGUUCUCACUGCUUUUACAUCUACUAAAGACAUUCCCACUGUUUGGCAUGCUAGUUUACUUUAUCGAUCAGAAAUACCUACCAAAUGGUGUAACCUUUACAGUUAAGAACAAUGAGAAUACAAAGAAACAACAAGCAACCUUAACAACAACGACAAUAACUAAUUUAGAUCAAUUACAAACACCAACAAUAACAUCAGGAGGUGGUAGUAAUAGUAGUGGAAAUGUAAACAAACCAUCUUCACCUUUAUUACAUGGACAAACAACUACAACUACAACACCCAGUGGAUUACAAUCACCAUUACACCAACGUACACAAAGUGGUAAUCUCGAUUUGUUACCUUCACUGCAGCAACAACAACAGCAACAACAGCAACAACAAUAUAUGUUAUCACCCAAGACAGGACUUGGACAUCGUCGUAAUCAAUCUCUAUCAUCGUCGACAUCGUCACCGAUUGGACCACGUGUAAAACACCAAAGUAAAAAAAGGAAAAUGAGUGGUAAAGUAGAUGAAUAUCUUGCUCAGUUGAUUGAUAUGGGAUUCGAUCCAGAGGUAUCGAGAUUGGCGGUGGAACAGACACAAUGCGCAUCACUGGAGAGAGCCAUUGAAUUUAUCUAUAGCUUGUCGAAUUCCGGUGCAGUACCAGACACCACACCACUGGGUCGUUCCAAUACACCAACAACACUGCCCACCAAUAACUAUGUGACGAGCUCGUCGAAUCUCUCGAGACAAAACUCGGCGACACCCACCAAGAAGAUCAGAACCUCGAUGAGAGACUCCAAUGAGUAUGUCGACUCGGACGACGAGUACUACCAGGACGUCGACGACUACCAAUUCGACGAGCCCGUCAUCGAAGCAAUGACCACCUCCAACACUGUCGUACAGGCAUCGGAAAUCAUUGCCAAUGCACUCGUUGAGAUUCAGCGAAUUGAAUCGGUAACAGAGACUUCUCCAUGUGCUGCAACUCUUAUGUUAUUGAAAUAUCAAUGGAAUGGUAACAAAUUGUUAGAACAAUAUUAUGAGAAUCCAGAUAAAGUAAAAAGAUUAGCAGGUGUUCCAGAAAAAGAAGAAUACACUGCUCUUCAAUCGACUAAAGAGGAUUGCUCUGUAUGUUGUGAUACAAUGGAUAAGAAGAAUACUUGUUAUUUAUCAUGCAAACAUUAUUGUGGAGUUAUUGUAUCAGAUAGAUUCAUUCAAGAGGUAGUACCAAAAGCCUAUCCAAAAUAUUUAGAGAGAUUGGCACAAACCUAUGUAGAUAAAAAUCCAAAUAUGAGAUGGUGUCCAACUGCUAAUUGUGGUAAUGCAUUGAAGGCUGAUAGUCAAGCGGAAUCAGUUGCACAAUGUUCAUGUGGAUUCAGAAUGUGUUUCAAGUGUAAUCAAGAAUCACAUGUACCAGCAAACUGCGAUCAGAUCAAGUUGUGGAAGAAGAAAAAUCAAGAUGAUUCAGAGACUGCCAAUUGGAUCCAGUCUCACACUCAAGACUGUCCAAAGUGUCACUCAUCCAUCGAGAAGAACGGUGGUUGCAAUCACAUGACAUGCAAGAAAUGCACACAUGAAUUCUGUUGGGUUUGUAUGGGUAAUUGGAGAGGUCACAGCUCAUGUAAUUCAUUCAAGAAAGAAGAUAAUAGUAAUAAGUCUGAUUCAAAGAGAGCUCUUGAAAGAUAUUUGUUUUAUUUCCAUCGUUAUAAUACUCAUGAACAGAGUAAAAAGUUUGAAACUAAACUCAGACAGGAUGCAAUGAAUACUAUUUUUGCGCUACAGAACAACAAGGAUAAGCGUUGGAUCGAUGUCAAAUUUAUUGAGUCGUCGACAGAGACUCUGAUUCAGUGUAGAAGAACCUUGAAAUAUACAUACGUAUUUGGAUUCUAUUUGCCAGAGGGUGCCGAGAAGAAUUUGUUUGAGUAUUUACAGUCGGAUCUCGAGAGAACCACCGAGAAGCUCUCGGGUCUUUUGGAGAAGGGUGAAAAUCAAAACGUAAUGGAACUCAAGGAAAUCACCAAUUUGGCAUCGACCAAACUCAACCAUCUCCUCGACGGUGUAGAGGAAGGUUUAACUUCUGGCGGUAAAAAAACAAUUAGAUAA